ACGGCGCCGGCACGGAUGGAGGAGGAGGAGGAGCAGCAGUGCCGCAUCUGCCGGCACCCGGCCGACGCGGACCGCCCGCUGCGCCACCCCUGCGGCUGCAAGGGCAGCAUCCGCUUCGUCCACGACCACUGCCAGAUCGGCUGGCUCCAAACCACCGGCCAGCGCAGCUGCGAGGUGUGCGGGCGCCAGAUCUUCACCAUCCCCAUCUACGCCGCGGGCGCCCCGGCCCCUGCCCCGGCCCCGGCAAGCCUCGCGUGUCUGGCCUUAGCGCUGCUGUACCUCAUCCUCACAGCGCUGCUCGCCUGGGCGCUCGCCGGCCUCUGUACCUGGCGCCUCGCGCUCGCCAGGAGCCCUGACCAAGCCUUCCGUCUGCUCUCCGUCCGUCUCUAUGGACCCGCCAUCCUCGCCCACCUCGCGUUCCAGGCGGAACGCGCCUUCCGUGCAACCUACGGGGCACGCCUGCGCCGCUGCCAGUUCGCCGCGCUCACCGUCCUCCGGUUCUCCUUGUCGGUGGUAAGGAGUGAUAUGGCUCUUGCCUGUAUAUUUGCAUUUGUCCCUUUCACACUGGGAAGGAUAAUCCUAUUGUGCAGAGGUGAAGUCGACUCCUUUGCUUCAACAUCUUCUAUCCUCCUAGCUGGAUAUGGAUUUAUCUUCUCACUUGGUGGAACUUUUGCUGCGCUUCAUACUUCUCAUGAAUACUCGAGGGGCGAGAGCAUUUUCUUUGGAAGUCUGUUUGAUGUAUUCUGCAAAAGGAUCAUAAAGUUAAUAAUUGCUGCCAAUGCUUUUAUUAAUCUCAUAAUCACAGCUAUAAUAUGCCCAUUCCUCUUUGCCUGGUUGCUCGAUACCUGCACUUCUAAAAUGUUUGAUGUAACCAUCUCUGGAAGGGUCAAACUUCUGUGUGCUUCAUCUUAUGUUUCUGCUGCCAUUUAUUGGCUUAUUGGAUGCGCCCUUUUGGACCUAGGCUCCACAUUCUCCAGACUUCAUUGCACGAUUUUGGGGCCAGCUGUGACCUCUCGUAUUGUCCACCAUAAUGUAAACAUCCAUGAACCGUUCUACGAAUCUUAUUUAAAGAAGCUUCCUGGUCUUUUUGUUGGCAUCAUCCUUAUUGUCAUGUUCAUAGUUGUUCCUAUUCAAAUUGCCUGUCCAUUGGCACCCGAGAAGUUCCCGGUAGAUAUCACGUACUUUGUUUUUCCUAAAAAGGGCAUGUCGUGUCGGUCAGCAUCACAAAACUACACAGAUUUACUUUGUGGUGUUCUUCUACUGGGGUUUCUCAUUGGCCGAACUCAUGCGCUCAUAUGGGUUGAGUGGCUAGUGAAGGAAGCGAUGCAGUAUACAUAUGGCCAUGAACAGGCUCUUGGCCUGUCAGUUUCGGUGUCUUUCUGGCCCAGUGGAGUUUGUGGACAUUAUUCUGGGAGCAGUGUCGCACCAAAAGACAACACUACUGAGGCUACGGAUAAAAGGAGAUUAGCUACGCUUCGUACAAUCUCACACGUGAUACUUGGAUGGUUAAUUGUUGUGGUAUUCAAUUCGGUGGUACUUAUUUUAACAAUCUCAGCUGGCCGUGCAUUGUUAUUUGCCAUCCCUCAGCUGCCACUUACAGUUGGAUUGAAGUCCAAUGAUCUGCUUGCUUUGGUCGUUGGAUUUGGCAUCAUAUCAGCUAUUAUUGCUGCCUCUAGAGAUUGGUGUGCCUACAUGAUUUCUGGGAGAAAAGACCUUGUAGCUUUGAAUCGCUGUGUUAUUGUGUUCUUAUGGUUUGGCAUCGUUCCGUUGCUGAUCGGGCUGCUGGUUGAUUUAUCGCUAAUAUCACCAUUCACUGGGCCUGAUGAUGGUGUUCCUGUUCUAGACUUGUUCUACACUUGGUUCCUGGGGUGGCUACUGCUGAAAAUCUGGGUAAAAUGGGUACAUUGGCCACUAUCACCAUUCCUGGCAUAUCUAACGGAUGAGUCACGGGUCCCGAGGCUUACUCGGGCGAAGCUGGAUUGGCCUCGAGGGGCGAUGAUGCCUCUGCCGUGCUUCUUCCGAGAUAUUUUUGUGCCUGUCGCGACAAAACUGCUCGUUGCCCUGGGUGUUCCCUAUGUUCUUGCUGGGGGCGUCUUUCCGAGUCUCGGUUACUCCGCCGCUGUGAACUCAGCAGUGCACCGCUUCGCGUGGCUGGGCUGCAUCAGCUUCUGGGUCUUGAGGGCGCUCUGCUGUCUCGCCAAGCUGUUCUGGGCCUUCUGCGUGGAGGAACUCCAUGAUUCUGUCAAGGAUGAGCGCGUUGUCAUCGGGCAGAGAUUGGAAGACGUCGCCGACGAUGGCUGAAGGCCAGGAACUCUGUUUCCAGUAGUUUGUACGAACACGUACGUAUAUGGUACAGUUACAUAGCACGUAUACGAUAGGAAUAUAUAGAGAGUAUAUGCCACGUUAUUGACAUAAGGGUUCAAAUGAGAUGAUACAAAUAUCCGGUGAAACUUGUAAAUGUGGACGCGGUUUCCCAUGCGGAAGCUACAGAGGGUUGUAUCGACUGGUCAGUUCGACAGUGUCGCUCCUUGGAGUUGCUUAUCUGUGAUUAAUCCACUGUCGAACUGAACUGAUGUUUGUGAAUUUCAUGGUUUCACCUCUUUUUUUCUCCCAA